AUGAGCAGCGCCGGUUACACCUUGUGGACGACUGACCUGGGAGGCCAGACACCGUGCUUCAGUGUCCUCCAGGCAGCAAUGACACCCCCUCCCAUCACGAACACGGCAUCAUCCAAUGAGGCCAAGCCGACCGUUGUCGUCUCCGACGUCGUUUAUGCCAUAGGCUACCCCGUUCAAGAGUCCAUCAACAGCUUUCCUGCAGAGGCUAUCGCUGGUACUGUGGCGACCGUUCUUGGUCUGCUAGUUAUUGCAGGUCUCGCAUUGUUUUUGCACAAACGGAAGCAGAAGCGGGAGUUCCUCACCCUGGGAAACGAGCUGAACGACCUCUACGGUUCCAAACCAGUUUCGGUACCUGCAAAUACAUCGCGACCCGGAGUACAGGCCAGUGGAUCAAGCAGUUUCCAGGACGACAGGACCAUUGUCGAAGACGGGGCAUAUUCGCGCAAGUCGAAGGAAUCGAACCGGAGCCAGCCACAACGCUCGCCCUUUGACGGACACCAAUUCGUUGUCCCACCGGUCAACCUCCCCGAGCAGGAUGCCCUGAAGAAAACUUCAACCCAUGAACAGCAACCGAAGCAACAGGGCUCGAGCCCAGAGUUCAAGCUGCGAGUCCAAGAGCCCGACCAACAAGCCACCAAGCAUGAACAAGGACACUCGCACAUGAAUGCCAGCGAGCACGAUCUUCCCACUCCCUCGCCGUUCGAACUGGACAAGCCGCAGCUGCCUGCACUCUCACAGCAAGAGGCACUCAACGCAGACGACAUUGUCAACACGAGCAACUCCGCGGAUGACACGUUUACUUCCACUCACAACAGCUACCACUCCGGUUUUCUUCAAAGUCCGACUGUUGAAACGGCCCGUCCAGAACGUCUUUCACGUAUCUAUGGAAAGGCCCAACAGAUCAGUAUCAAAAGAAAAGCACCCAGCAACACGGACGACCUGAAAGAUGAUAGCAAGUCUUCGUCAGGAGAGGAAGGGAAGUGA